AUGAAUGAAGCAGAAUUUGCAGAAGCUCAAAAGAAACAUGAGAUGUGCAAAUUUAGAGAUAACUACACUGUAAAUGUUCAUUCUCGAGCUGUGGUGGAGGUUUCCUGGCUUUUGAGUGACAGUCAUGCAUCAGAAAAGGAUGUCAGAAAUCAGAAGACAUUUUCAAUAAUUCCCCCCAUCAUGCUGAAAAUAAAAAUACAAGCCUCUUCCAGGCUUACCUGUGUUAUUUUCAUCUCCACGUGGGAGCAGAGUCAACUGGAUCCAACGGUGACGCCCCCGCACCUGGAGGCUGGCUGCGGUGUGCGGCAGGGUUGGAGCAUCGGGGUCUCACUGGGGAGCACGGGAAGAACGGGGGAGCGUCUCACAGAGGAGGAAGUGCUUUCACUGCGCAAGGGAAUGGCUCCUGUGCUCCUGACAACCAGGCCUGGAAGGGAAUCAGUGACAUUCCAGGAUGUGGCUGUGGAAUUCACGCAGGAGGAGUGGGCACAUUUGAACCUGUCUCAGAAAAAGUUGUACAGGGAUGUGAUGAUGGAGAACUAUAGCAACCUGGUCUCUUUGGGAUUUGCAGUUUGCAAACCAGAUGUGAUCUCCCUAAUGGAAAGAAAGGAAGCCUUCUGGAUGCCAGAGACAGAUAUCCCAAGAAGCAGCUGCCCAGAGAGCAAAGAAUUCAGUGGAAAAAAACCUUACAAAUAUAACGAAUGUGGGAAGGCUUUCAGAUUGGGCACACAGCUUGCGCGGCAUCAAAGAAUUUAUACUGCACAGAUUGCUUAUACAUGUAAGGAAUGUGGGAAGGGCUUUCGCUACAUGUCACAGUUUAUUGAACAUCAAAGAAUUCAUACUGGAGAAAAACCUUAUGAAUGUAGUGAAUGUAGAAAGGCCUUCAGACAGAGGAUACAACUUACUCAGCAUCAGAGAAUUCAUACUGGAGAGAAGCCUUAUAAAUGUAAUGACUGUGGAAAAGCCUUCCGCCUUACCAUGCAACUUACUCAACAUAAAAGAAUUCAUACUGGAGAGAAACCUUAUGAAUGUAGUGAAUGUAGAAAAGCCUACAGACAGAGGAUACAACUUACUCUUCAUCAGAGAAUUCAUACUGGAGAGAAGCCUUAUAAAUGUGAUGUAUGUGGAAAGGCCUUCAGAGUGAAGAAACGCUUUAUUGAGCAUCAGGGAAUACAUACUGGAGAGAAGCCUUAUAAAUGUAAUCAUUGCGGUGAGGCCUUCAGAUUGGGGGAACUGCUUACACAGCAUCACAAAAGUCAUUAUGGAGAAAAACCAUUUGUAUGUAAUGAGUGUGGGAAAGGCUUCUUUUGGAAUUCAGGUUUUAUGGAACAUCAGAGGAUCCAUACUGGAGAGAAACCUUAUGAAUGUAACAAAUGUGGCAAGGCCUUUAGACUGAAGGCACAACUUACUCAGCAUCAGAGAAUUCAUACUGGAGAGAAACCUCAUAAAUGUAAUGAAUGUGGAAAGGCCUUCCGCCUUACCGUACAACUUAUUCAACAUAAAAGAAUUCAUACUGGAGAGAAACCUUAUGAAUGUAAUGAAUGUGGGAAGGCCUUUAGACGGAAAACACAACUUACCAUGCAUCAGAAAAUUCAUACUGGAGAGAAGCCUUAUGAAUGUAAUGAAUGUGGGAUGGCCUUCAGAUUGCGGAGACAAUUUAUUCAACACCAAGCAGUACAUACUAGAGAGAAGCCUUAUGAAUCUAGUCAUUGUGGGGAGGCAUUCAGACCAAGUGAACAGCUUACUCAGCAUCAGAAAAUUCAUCAUGGAGAAAAAUCAUUUGUAUGUAAUGAAUGUGGGAAGGCCUUUAGUGUGGAGAAACAGUUUAUGCGACAUCAGGGAAUACAUACUGGGGAGAAACCUUAUGAAUGUAAGCAUUGUGGGAAAGCUUUCAGACUGAGGCAUCAGCUUACUUACCAUCAGAGAAUUCAUACUGGAGAAAAACCAUUUGUUUGUAAGGAAUGUGAGAAAUGCUUCUUUUGGAAUUCAGAUUUCAUGCGACAUCAGAGGAUUCAUACUGGAGAGAAACCUUAUAAAUGUAAUGAAUGUGGAAAAGCCUUCCGCCUUACCAUACAACUUAUUCAACAUAAAAGAAUUCAUACUGGAGAGAAACCUUAUGAAUGUAAUGAAUGUGGGAAGGCCUUUAGACGGAGGACCAAACUUACUGUGCAUCAGAAAAUUCAUACUGGAGAGAAGCCGUAUGAAUCUAAUCAUUGUGGGGAGGCAUUCAGACCAAGUGAACAGCUUACUCAGCGUCAGAAAAUUCAUCAUGGUGAAAAACCAUUUGUAUGUAAUGAAUGUGGGAAAGCCUUUAGUCUGAAGAAACAAUAUAUGCGACAUCAGGGAAUACAUACUGGGGAGAAGCCUUAUGAAUGUAAUCAUUGUGGCAAAGCUUUCAGACUGAGGCAUCAGCUUACUCAACAUCAGAGAAUUCAUACUGGAGAAAAAACAUUUGUUUGUAAGGAAUGUGGGAAAGGCUUCUUUCGGAAUUCAGAUUUGAUGAGACAUCAGAGAAUCCAUACUGGAGAGAAACCUUAUAAAUGUAAUGAAUGUGGAAAGGCCUUCAACCGGGAGGCAGAGAUUCCUCACCAUCAGAGUUUUCAUACUGGAGAGAAACCUUAUGAAUGUAACAAAUGUGGCAAGGCCUUUAGAGUGAAGAUACAACUUAUUCAGCAUCAGAGAAUUCAUACUGGAGAGAAGCCUUAUAAAUGUGAUGAAUGUGGGAAAGCCUUCAGAGUAGGGACACAGUUUAUUCAGCAUCAGUGAGUACAUAUUUGAGAGAAGCCUUAUGAAUGUAAUGAAUGUGAAAAUGCUUUCAGACUGAGGGAACAACUAAUUCUACAUAAGAAAAGUCAUCCUGGAGAAAAACCAUUUGUAUGUAAUGAAUGUGAGAUGGGCUUCUUUUGGAAUUCAGAUUUCAUGUGACAUCAGAGUAUUAAUACUGGAGAGAAACCAUAUGAAUAAUGAAUGUGGCAAGGCCUUUAGACUGAAGAUACAAGUUACAUGAACUGAUGCAAAGUGAAAUGAACAGAAGUAGAUGCAUUGACAAAAACCAAAGGGUUCAGUCCCCUUUAGGAGGUAGAUAUUACAAGGGUUAGGAGGUGGAUAUUACAAAUAGUGUAUGCAAUGGGAAAAAGAAAACAGGAAAAUGUCCAUUUAAGUCUUUGAAAGUCUUAUCUUAGAUGGUUCUUGGGAUGUUAUCUGUGUAUAACUCUGGAUUCUGGCUCUGGGUAUGGUCUCAGGUGUGGUUUUAAAAUCUCUCAGGUGUGGAUGGAAUUUGGAAUCAGGUAUUUGCAGAACACUGGUAAUUGCCUGGUUCUUCAUGCUGCUGGAAGAUUUCCUACAAAGUCAAUCUUAAUAUAACUUUAAAUAGCUUUGCCAAUAACCAAAUCAAACCACAAGAGUUCUCAAAAACAUAUGUCUAAAGAAAUUCAGAAUCUUUUAUAUAUUGUCCAGUUGUUACAUAUGAAACAGAUAUAAUCAAAACAAAAAUUGAAACAUUUUCUAAAACUUAAUAUUACAUACCCCCCUCUGGAGAAUAAAUUGAGAAGGUGUAAUAUAAAAGUUGUCAGAUUAAUUUCACUUAACAAAAGUGAUGUCUCCUUAAGUUACUUGCAAAAGAC